AAACGUCGAAAUAGAUAUCCAAAUCAAAACUCGGAUUUCUCUUUCUCGUAAAUUGGCUCUCGUAUUUCAGAUCGAUUAGGGUUAGGGUUAGGGUUUUGAUUCAUCUGAGAAAGAGAGAGAAAGGAAGGGAAUCGAAUAAAUCAUGCCGCAGCGGCACUCGAAGAACAACAACGACCUAGCCUUCUUCACAUACGAUGAGAAGCGGAAGCUGGGAUACGGAACUCAGAAGGAAAGGUUGGGCAAGGACUCCAUAAAGCCCUUUGAUGCUUGCUGUCUUUGCAUCAAGCCCUUCAUCGACCCUCUCUGCUGCCAGAAAGGCCAUGUCUUCUGCAAGGAAUGCAUUCUCGAAUGCCUCCUCUCCCAAAAGAAGGACAUCCAAAGGAAGCUGGCUGCCCAUGCUCUCCAACAGAAGCAAGAGAAAGAGGAGGAAGAAGAGAAGUUGAUGCUGCAGAAGGCGAGAGAACUCGAUGCCUUUGAUCAGCAGAACCACGGUGCAGUUCCUCAGUACAAUGACCGGAGCUACGCCCGAGACAAGAAUGGCUUCCACGGGGCUAACAGCGUAAGGGUGACAUCAUACGAAGAGGAAGCGCUCCGCAACAUGAAAGCAUUUUGGCUGCCUUCAGCGACGCCUGAAGCACCUGUGAAGGUUGAGGCUCCUUCGAUCAGCACAAUCUGCCCAGAAGGCAAAGAGAAGCUCAAGCUGAAGACCCUUUUCCCGAUCCGCUUCACGGAGGAAAGCAACGAGCAGAAGACAUCCAAGUCGGCUGAUGGGGGCGGCUUCAUCUGCCCCAGCUGCAAGGUGACCUUCACCAACACGCUUCCGCUCGUAGCUAUCAACACGUGCGGGCACGUCUUCUGCAAGAAGUGCGCAGACAGGUUUGUAGCAGUGGAUAAGGUCUGUUUGGUUUGUAACAAGGAGUGCAAGGAGAGGAAUCUGGUGUGCUUGGAGAAAGGAGGGACAGGAUUCGCUGGCCAUGAUGAUCAUCUGGAGGCAACAGAUUUUAAACACUUGGGGAGCGGUUCGGGAUUGGGGUUGGUGAGACCUGCUGCCAAGACCUGAAACUCAAGAGGUACCUCUCAUCUUGCGGUCGGUUGUUUACUUUCAAUGUUUGUCCAUGGUGGUUGUAUGGAAGCAGGCAUACAUACUGAAGUUACGAUGAAGUUACGAUAUGUUAGCGCACGCAUAUGGUAUGCGUCAAUUGUCUUCCAUUUCCCUUUUAUUGUAAUACAGAUCCUCAUAAUGAGAGGAUUUAAGAAAUCCUCGUCUUCGGUGCUA